CGGAUAAUAACUGCCUAAUCUUUUUCUCGGAGGCCGCGAGGACUAAAGAGCCAACGCGUGGAAGUGGGCGGAGACGACUUUUUCGAAAAAUAUAAAAAAUAAUAAUAAUACAACGCUACCUCACGUUUCUCUAUCCUUUGACAUUGAGCAAAGUCAAGCGGAAAGAGAAACCAGAAGCGGUUUUGAAAAACCAGAGGAGGUUUCCGUGCAGCAUUGCCUACCAACACGUGAAAUGUCCAUCUUAUCCCCGCACGGAUAAAACUCAACCCCUCUCUUUCCUGCAUCUCCUCCCUCCCCUGUUAAGGUCAGCGCCGCGUUUUCCCAUCUCCAAAUCCCGCCAUUAAAAUACCUGUUGGAGCUCGCGAAAAGGCGAUAUCUUUCUUUAUUUUCAGCUCUCACGGACUGAUGUUCGCGAUGGAGAAGAACGAUGACGGCUGGGAUCUGUUUGCUGUGGUUCGGAGCUGCCGCGCUGCUUCACAACCGCCGCCGCCGCCGCUCCCGACUGCAAAGCCAGCGGAGGCACCGUCAACGAGCUUUUACAAUGAGGUCGAAGAGUUCUGCAAGCCCUUUUUCUCUAUGGUUCAGCAGCCAAAGCCAAAGCCGUCGACUUUGUCCUGCUCUUCUUCUCUCGCCGGAGCAGCGGCGCGGGCGGCGCCGAGGCGGCCGGUCUCCCAGACGAAGUACCGCUCGAAGAAAAGGUGGAAUCAGCAGAAGCGAGUGGUCUGCGAAGUCCCUGCCGACGGGCUCGCCGCCGACAUGUGGGCGUGGAGAAAGUACGGUCAGAAGCCCAUCAAGGGCUCGCCUUAUCCUCGGGGAUAUUAUAGAUGUAGCAGCUCAAAGGGAUGCUUAGCUCGGAAGCAGGUAGAGCGAAGCCGUACAGAUCCAGCGAUGUUUGUGAUAACUUACACCGGAGAUCACAACCACUCGCUUCCAACUCACCGGAACUCGCUCGCCGGCAGUACACGGCAGAAAUUUUCGUCGGCGGCUUCCGUCGGAGAAGAGGGGAGUCGGACGGUGUGCUUGCCGAGCACACCGUUAAAGAGGGAGGAGAGCGGGGAGGAAGAAGAGGAGGAAGAAGAAGAGGACGACGACGACGAAGGAAUAUUGUUGGUGGAAGACAUGGAAGUGGUGGCGGAGGAUGAGGUACUUUUUAUGGGCUUGGAGAAGUUGCAAGACUCGCCGGUGGCGGCCGCCGUGACGACCGGAGCAGUUUCCGAGUUCUUCGGCGGUGAAAGCUGCUGCUUUGAGGACAGCUUCUUCCUCCAUUCGUGGUCGGAGGAGAGCAGUAGCAGCGGCGCUACGGCUGCCGCCGGUGGAUGUAAUACUUGAAAAAAGUUGUUUGGUAAUCUCGAGCUUUCGGGAAAGCUCGUCCAUGGCUUCUUAAGAAUGAAAAAUGCUCUCAUCUAAUUUUGAAGAGCUCGAAAAUCAUUGAAGCCAUUAAUUGAGUGUGCGUGUUUUUUUUUUUUUUGGUUUUUUUUUAGGGCUAGUUUUGGGGAAGAAGAUGGCUUGUAAAAAAGUCAAAAACACCAAGAAUUUCGGUUAUAGAAUGGAAAAUUAUGUAAUUCUUGUUUUGUAUGUAUUGCAAUUUUUUUAAAAAAAUAUUUAUUGUGGAUUUUGUAGGUAA